AUUUCCGUUCAUGUCUAUUUGAACACCACGUAAACUCUGUGAAGCUUUACGUGCCAUUGUUGACACACAUCACCACCACCACCGCCAAAUUCACCACUCACUCACACAACCUGCUAUGGCUACGACGGCAGUUGGCGUAUCGGCGACGCCGAUGACGGAGAAGCUGACGGCGGCAGAUGAUGACCAGCAGCAGCAGAAGCUCAAAAAAGGAAUCGCAGAGUUCUACGACGAAUCCUCAGGUAUGUGGGAGAACAUAUGGGGAGAACACAUGCAUCACGGAUAUUAUAACUCCGACGACGUCGUUGAACUCUCCGAUCACCGUUCUGCUCAGAUCCGUAUGAUUGAACAAGCCCUAACGUUCGCCUCUGUUUCAGAUGAUCCGGAAAAGAAACCUAAAACCAUAGUUGAUGUCGGGUGUGGUAUAGGAGGUAGUUCAAGGUAUCUAGCAAGAAAAUACGGAGCCGAAUGUCACGGAAUCACCCUCAGCCCUGUGCAAGCUGAGAGAGCUAAUGCCCUUGCUGCGGCCCAAGGGUUGGCCGAUAAGGUUUCAUUUCAAGUUGCUGAUGCUUUGAACCAGCCGUUUCCUGAUGGAAAGUUUGACCUGGUUUGGUCAAUGGAGAGUGGAGAGCACAUGCCUGACAAACUUAAGUUUGUUAGUGAGUUGACUCGGGUGGCUGCCCCCGGAGCUACCAUUAUCAUAGUUACAUGGUGCCACAGAGAUCUUAACCCCGGAGAAAAAUCCCUUCGCCCCGAGGAAGAAAAAAUCUUGAAUAAGAUUUGUUCCAGCUUUUAUCUUCCUGCUUGGUGUUCUACAGCUGAUUAUGUAAAGUUACUAGAAUCCCUUUCUCUUCAGGACAUAAAAUCCGCAGACUGGUCUGGCAAUGUGGCCCCGUUUUGGCCUGCUGUAAUAAAAACAGCAUUGUCUUGGAAGGGCAUUACUUCAUUGCUACGUAGUGGUUGGAAGUCCAUAAGAGGGGCAAUGGUAAUGCCACUAAUGAUUGAAGGAUUUAAGAAGGAUGUAAUAAAAUUCUCCAUCAUUACAUGCAAAAAGCCUGAAUAAAAAUGGAUGGAGUCAUUCGUAUAAUCGUAUGUAUGUAUUCUGGAAUUAUGUCACUGUUUUCCUUUCUUUUAUUUUCGCAAGUCGCCAUGUAUCUCUAUGUACUAUGUUGUGUGCCCUCAAGUUCCGUCGAGUCAUAAUCCAAGGUUCUACGCGUAUUGAUUAUGCCGGGACCAUCUAGUGGUGAUGCAUAAGAAUCAUGAAUGUGUACUAUUAUGGACAAUGGCAUCCCAAGGAAUUAGAACCUAGCAUGUUAGUUUUGUUUUUUAUUUUGAUUUUAUAUUGUUGCUUUUGGUUUUAAAAA